GCCUUGCUGCUGCAGGCAGGGCAUAGUGUGAACUCAGGAAAUGGAAACAAAGCCUGUCCCACUGCCCGGAGGGAGCCAUGGCUGCAGCGAGCCCCGUGGAAAGUCUCCAGGAGGAAGCGACAUGUCCCGUCUGUCUGGAGUAUUUCACAGACCCUGUCACUCUGGAGUGUGGGCACAAUUUCUGCCGAGCCUGCAUCGCCCAGUGCUGGGAGGGACCCGACACAGCUGCCUCCUGCCCUCAGUGCAGAGAAACUGUGCAACAGAGAAACCUCAGGCCCAACAGGCAGCUGGCAAAUAUCCUAGAAAUCGCCAAGCGGCUGAGUUUCCAGGCAGCGAAGGGAGCAGGAGGGGGCGGGGUGUGUGGGGAACACCAGGAGGCUCUGAAACUGUUCUGUGAAGAGGAUCAAACCCCCAUCUGUGUGGUGUGCGACAGAUCCCGGGCUCACCGCGCUCACAGGGUGGUUCCCAUACAGGAAGCUGCCCAGGAGUACAAGGAAAAAAUACAAGCCCAUUUGAAGACUCUGAGGGAAGAGAGAGAAAAGCUGCUGGGAUUGAAAGUGACUGGAGAGAAGAGAAGCCAGGAGUAUCUGAAACAGACAGAAACCGAGAGGCAGAAGAUUGUGUCUGAAUUUCAGCAACUGCGGCAGCUCUUGGAGGAACAAGAGCGACUCCUGCUGGCCCAGCUGGAAAAGCUGGACAAGGAGAUUGUGAAGAUACAGAAUGAAAAUAUCACCAAACUCUCAGAGGGGAUUUCCCAUCUCAGUGAGCUGAUCCGUGAGAUGGAGGGGAAGUGUCAGAAGCCAGCAAGUGGAUUCCUGCAGGAUGUCAGAAGCACCUUGAGUAGGUGUGAGAAGGGGAAGUUCCAGCAGCCAGAGGAGAUUUCUCCUGAACUGGAAGAGCGAGUCAGCGAUUUCUCCCAGAAAACUAUUGUGCUAACGGAGACUCUGAGGAAAUUCAAAGACACUCUGCCGUCUGCACUGGAGACACAAAUUGGGGAAUCCCUAGGAGCACACAGACAGGCGAAUGUGACUCUGGAUCCAGACACGGCUCAUCCCCACCUCGUCCAGUCUGAGGGUGGGAAAAGUGUGAGAUGGGGAGACAUGCGGCAGCGACUGCCCAACAACCCUGAGAGAUUUGACACUGAGCACUGUGUGCUGGGCUGUGAGGGAUUCACCUCGGGGAGACAUUGCUGGGAGGUGGAGAUCGGGGGUGGGCAACGCUGGGCUGUGGGGGUGGCCAGAGAGUCUGUGGGGAGGAAGGGACGGAUCAGCCUUAGCCCUGAGCGAGGGAUCUGGGCUGUGGGGCAGUGGGGGGAUCAGUUCUGGGCUCUCACCUCCCCUGUGACCCUCCUGUCCCGGAGCCGGGCCCCCAGCAGGAUCCGGGUUUGUCUGGACUGUGGCCGCGCGCAGGUGACAUUUAUCGAUGCUGGUGACGAGGCCCCGAUCUUCACUUUCCCGCCGGGCUCCGUCCCUGGGGAGAGAAUCCGCCCCUGGCUCGGGGUGGGGCCGGGAUCCCGGCUCCGACUGUGCCCCUGAGACCCACAGCAAAGGGGGAACCGGAAAUCAGCCUCUCUAGCCUUACAGACCCCAGUCUCUAUGAGGGGAAGGAAUGGAGCAGCCAUGGGGGAUGAUCUGUAACAGGGAGGGGAGGAGAGUGGGAGAGACACAGGAAACUAAACGGAUUCAAAGUGAGGGUUAGAAAAAUGAACAGAAAAGGCGAGUAUGAAAAGAAAGGGAACAGAGAGAUUUAUGACAUGUUACUGAAAGUGAGACUGUAAUUUAUUAAUUCCCUGUAUUAAUUCCUGGCCAUUGGUGCUAUUUUGGUGCCAUUAAGAAAACUGUUCUCGUAGCUGGGGAUCUCCUUGCCAUGCUGUGGUUAUUAAGGCUCCUUCUCGGCUCCUUUUACUUACCACCUUUAGUUACUUACUGUAAAUAAAACAUUACAAACAAUUCUUCUUGUUUGUUCCACUUGAAUGUCCCAGCUGCAGUUGUCGGGGGCAGAGCCGUGGGAUUUGCUUCUUGACUUGGUUGUGUCCCCCUAGACCCCACAGGGAAUAUCGCACCUCUAGGAGGAGAGUUUGGGGUUUUACUGGGAUGUGUUACUCUCCAGCCUGUGCUCUGUCUCUGUCCUGUGCAUGCCCAUGUCAAUCUGGAAUUGCUCAGCUGUGCACUGCGGAGAGGUGACUGGUUGCACAGCGUGCAAUCCAUGAAGGGACUUGGUGUUGCAAUGCUGAGCGUCACAGGGCCCAGUUUGUAGGCAACCAGAAAAUCACACUCUGCAAAGCUGAGUCAGGGGCCUGAACCCCCUAGACAAUGCGUGGGCAUCACCUUACAGUG